AUGUCAGGAGUUCAGGCGCAGACGGUAGCUAAUUUUUAUUUGGCUUUUAUGCAACAAGGCUUGGAGGUUAUCGGUGCACUUAAUAAAAUUGACAUUGAACAUGUAGACCUGUCGAGUAGUAGGGCUCAAUUGGCUAGUCUGAUGGACACGGACGAAUCAGCGAUCUUGGGGGUGUCAGCGAAGACGGGGAAAAACGUCGAUAAACUAUUAGAG